CAGCCUUCGGCGAAGGUUGGAAUGAGUUUUCCGACUAUUACCUGCCGCUCCCUUUCUGUGAGCCAUCUGAGGAGGAUUUUGCCAAAUUCGAACGCCUAAAAAAGGAACACUGCUUGGAAAGCAGAGGUGGAGUGAGUAGUAAUAGUGCUCCGCACUAUGGAGGAGCGGAUUCCGACGUUGCCAACGGCAGCACGACGGGCGAAACUGGAGAGAAUGAAACGAGCAGAAGUGAUGUGUCAGAAGCACUCCUAGCGAGCUUGCCGCCUUCAGGGAACAUUAAGGACAGGAGUCAACGGCUUACCCGUAGGAGAGUAGCGUGGCGUAGUCGGUUGUCUCCUGGUUUACUUAGCUGGCAACUUGUUCGUUGUAGGUAAGUGAGUACUAUUGACCUUUGAACCCCCAGAACUUGCAAACUGAGGCCUGAGGGCGAUCUUUCUUGUUAGGUACUAACUUCUAGAAUAUUUUGUUGACUAUUUGUUUUUCAGAUGAAAGUCGUACUUAAAUACUAGGCGGAAUCGCAGGGGAAGGCGGCGUCUCAGAGGUCGAAAC